AUGCUUGGAGUGAACCGCAAGUGUGUCAUCGUCGCCCUCUUGGUGGUGGCUGUGCUGUGUGGAAUGACCGCCGCCCAGCGUGGAUACGGCAGUUCGGGAGGAUACGGUGGCUCCCGUGGCUACGGUGGUUCUGGAGGCUAUGGCCGUGGCUCUGGAGGAGGCUACGGCGGCAGCCGCGGAAGUUACGGAGGUUCGCGUGGUUCAGGUAGCUACGGAGGCUACCGGGGAUCCGGCGGCUACGGUGGAUCACGACGCUACUAA